GAACAGGUUCUCAUCUACGAGUUUGUGCCCAAUGGAGACCUGCUCAACUGGGUUGGAAACGAUGCACCAACUCCUCUCACGCUGCAGCAGCGGCCUGGACAUUCUCAUGGCUCGGCUCACGGCUUUGAGUAUCUCCAUAGCUUUGGCAUCGUGCAUCGCGACAUCAAGCCGGCCAACAUUCUUUUGGAUAUAAGAUGCAGGCAAAGAUUGCAGACUUUGGGCUCCUUUGGCGUUCUGAUGCUUGUGGUGCUGACGGGGCGCAAUGUCACGUUCAAAGAUGAUGGAGAAAUAAGCAGUAUCGUGGAUUGGGCCCCUGGCGAUGUCCAUCUGCGCAUCGCUCACAUGGCCAUCAGCUGCACUGCCAAGCUCACUGCUACGCGCCCCAGCAUGGCGCGCUUGGCGAAUGACCUGGAGGCUAUCAGGGCGGAGGUGGUGGGGGAGGAAGUGGACCGUGCAGCCUUGAAGGUGGAUGAGGUGGUGCAGCAGCUUAACGAGGGGGAGAAGAUGAGGCCACUGGAUGAGGAGUUAUCCAUUGUGCAGGGGAUGGUGGGUGGCAAUCCGAGUCGACUCUAGGGUCUCAGACUGGACUGGAGAUGUAACCGUUGCAAAACGAUGGCCCGGUGCUAGGACGGAAUGGUGCCAUUGCCAAGCCAAUAAAGAAGUGAGCUGUAGGCAUCGCCCUUUUUUAUCGCAAACUCCGUCUAAAGGAUCCCAUGGAUUUUACAAAUGUUGGGCUGAGAAAUAGCCCUUAGGAUCUUUCCAGAGACUAAGUCCAGUUGUAAAAGGAGACUUGAGUAGUGCAGCGGAAGUUGAGUAGUUGAACCCUUGUACUAGUAUGUGAGAACAAGUGAUUGGUUAAAAGAACA